AAAGUUUUGCGUAAGCAUUCAAGAAAAAAAAUUAACAAAAUUCUUUGUAUUAAAAAAUUGGCUAAAAAUGGCUGAAGUAUCUGGAAUAUUGUGCGAGGAAAGUACUCAUUUGGAGAACACCUGCCGCUUGGAUUUUACCCGACGGGCAGCGCAUCAUCGCCUAACUAGUAUCGCUUGCACAAUUGGUGCCGGUUCUCGUAAUGCGAACACCUUGAAAAGAAUGAUAAUGAAUGGAAUGCGAAUUGCGCGUUUGAAUUUAUCUCAUGAUUCACUUGAGAUUCAUGCCGAGACUAUGAGGUUAAUACGUGAGGCAAGUGAGGCGGCUUCAAAAGAGCUAGGCUAUUUAGUACAAGCGGCUAUUGCCUUGGACACGAAAGGCCCUGAAAUACGAACUGGUCUUCUGGAGGGCAAUCCUAAUCUUGAAGUAGAAAUAAAAGUAAACGACAAUCUCCGUUUAUCUAUAAAUCGCGAUCUAAUGGAUAAGGGCAACAGAGAGUGCAUUUAUGUCGACUAUCCUAACAUUAUCAAUGUAGUCCAGCCCGGUAUGUUGGUCUUCAUUAACGAUGGCUCGCUAAAGUUGAUCGUUAAAGAAGUCGGUGUUGAUUGCAUAACAUGUCAAGUGGAACGUGGGGGUAUGCUAGGUUCGCAUAAGAAGGUUAAUUUACCAGGGGCCACCGUAGAUUUGCCAGCUGUCUCCGAAAAGGAUAUCAACGACUUGAAGUUCGGCGUUGAAAAUAAUAUUGACAUGAUAUUUGCAUCCGCUAUGAGAAACCAAGACGCAGUUAACGAACUACGUGACAUUUUAAAGGAAAAGGGUAGAGAAAUCAAAAUUAUUUCUAAAAUAGAUUGUUUGCAGGGACUAGAGUCGAUUGAUAAGAUUCUCAACGCUUCGGACGGCAUAUUAUUUUCUCGUAAUGACGUUGCUAUUGAAAUACCCUCGGCGAAAGUGUUUCUAGCUCAGAAAGCCGUCCUAGCCCGAUGCAACAGAGCUGGUAAGCCGGUGAUUGUCGCUUCUGAGUUGUUAGAGUCGAUGCGGUAUAAACUUCGACCAACACGAGCGGAGAUCUGCGAUUUAGGUAAUGCCGUUUUAGAUGGAGCUGAUUGUGUUAUGUUGUCAAGCGAGACCGCAGUUGGCCGCUACCCGGUACAAAGUGUACAGAUGUUGGCCAACAUAGUUCAAGAAGCCGAAAGUGCUUUAUGGUACAAAAAUAUUUUCCAGGACUUGUUAGAUCGCAAUCCUUCUUCAAUAGACGCGGCUCAUUCAGUGGCCAUUGCGGCUGUAGAUGCAUCACGUAAAACGUUGGCAUCCGCCAUUAUUGUAUUGACGACUUCAGGUCGAUCAGCCCACUUAAUGGCACGAUAUAAACCUAGAUGUCCCAUAUUGGCCGUUACUCGUUGUAAUCGAUCUUUUCGACAAUGCUUUCUUUACCGUGGCAUUGUACCCAUGUUGUACUCAGAACUCCCAAAUACGGACUGGUUGGCCGACAUCGAUGCUCGUAUACAAUAUGCUAUGAAUAUUGCUAAGCGCAUUAAUAUCAUUAAGACUGGCGAUACUGUAGUUAUUGUAAGCCCCUGGAAGGAUGGAAGUGGGUUUACUAACACGAUGCGUUUAGUAUAUGCUUUCUACGAACAAGAAGAUUUUGAUUGCAUAUUCAAAACAGAUCAGAAAGCAAGCAAAAAAAUUUAUCAAUAAAUGUAUACAUGUUAUAUGUU